UACUUGCUUCAUGCAGAGGCAGGUGCUGGAGAGGGAGAUGGUGAAAAGGGCGCCCCGGUGGCGGCGGCGGAGGUGGUGCGAGCUGAGCUGAGGCAGCGACUGGCGGUGAAGGCAUUCAGUCAUACGGCGGCAUAUGAUGACGCAAUUUCUGGGUAUUAUCGUCAGCAGUUCGACAAUGGCAGAUCCGUGGUGACAUUGCGGUAUGGGAUGAACCCUCACCAAGUGCCAGCGUCUGUCUUCUGCCCCCCGGGCCUACCUUUCUCCGUGCUGAACGGGGCCCCGGGUUUCGUGAACCUCUGCGACGCCCUGAAUGCCUGGCAACUGGUCUCUGAACUCUCGGCCGCCACCGGCGGCACCCCGGCCGCCGCGUCCUUCAAGCACGUGUCACCAGCCGGCGCCGCCGUGGGCACCCCACUGUCGCCCGCGGAAAGCCAGGCCUAUCUCGUGCCAGACACUGACGUCACCCUCUUGAGCCCGCUGGCUGUGGCGUAUGCCCGUGCCCGAGGCGCUGAUAGGAUGUCCUCGUUUGGUGACUUUAUCGCGCUGUCGCAUCCCUGUGACGAGAUCACGGCCAGGUUCAUCGCUAAGGAAGUGUCGGACGGGAUCGUUGCCCCCGGGUAUUUCCCGCAGGCCCUGGCGAUUCUCGAGAAGAAGAAAGGAGGGAAGUACUGCGUCCUGCAGGUUGAUUCCGACUAUGUUCCGAAUCCGAUGGAGAGACGAACCAUCUUCGGUGUCACGCUGGAACAGAAGCGCAACGACGCUGUCAUCAAUGCCGACUUCUUCUCCAAUGUCAUCACUAAAAAUAACGCGAUUUCCGAAGACGCAUUGAGAGACAUGACAGUCGCCACGAUCGCCGCCAAAUACACGCAAUCCAAUUCUGUUGUGUACGCCUAUCGGGGUCAAGUGGUGGGUGUUGGUGCUGGUCAACAGUCGAGAAUUCACUGCACUCGCCUCGCUGGGAAUAAAACCGACAAUUGG